AUGAAGAAAUUUUUAACUUUUUUGAUUACUUUCACUUUUUGCAUUCUCUUCACCACUUAUGUUAGAAGUGGAGCAGAUGAAGAGUUUUUUAGAGAUUACUUUUAAGGUGAAGACAGAUUCCAUGUUCAAAAAAUAUUAUUCCUAAUUAACUACCACAACUUCUGUGUACUACCAAGAGUUUCUCUAGCCACAUAUUAAUUCUUCUAGGCUUUCUAUAGAUAAUUGGGUGUGGAUAAGGUGGAAAGCGAGAAGACUCUAUUUAACGAUACUUUCCUUUUAAAUCGUACAUUUGAAUAUGAUCCCUCACACUAUCGCAUACCUUUGAAGUCUCAUCGAGUCUGGAUAACAUCUUAAUAUAAUCCAAGAGAGAUGGUAGAUGUGCUUGUAAAUUAAACACUCUAGGAGAAACUUAAUAGUACUAAUAAGGUACUUGAUGAAUCUGCAAUUACAGAUGAAGCAGUAAGAGAUGGCUCAAAUAAAUGGACUCAUUAUUUCUGGGUUAACGAUAAAAGCUUGGUGCCUAAAUCAGUUAAGUUUAUGGAAUCUAUUGGCUAUGUAGUAAGGGAACUAAAGGAAUUAUAGAUAUUCGAUGGAGUUUUACUAGAAGCACUAAAUUAUUAUCAAGAUACUGACAGAGUAGGAGCAGCAGCUGACUUUGUAAGAAUGGCCAUAAACUAUGAAGAAGGAGGAUUUUACAUAGACUUGGAUUUCUAUUUGGAUAAAUGGGAUAUUUAAAUUCAUAAGUAUUUUGACUUCUUUGGAUUUAGAUGUGUUGAGUUCAAUAAUCAUUACACCUUAUUUACCUGGGGAUUCUUAUCAAAACCAGCGCAUUAUAUACACAAAAUUUACCUAGAUUUGUUCAAGAAGAAUUAUUUGCUGUAAAAGCAAGGAAAUUUAGUGAAGAAGCCAAUUCAUUUAAUGUAAUGCCAUAUUAUAAGCAGAGGUUCAACGCUGUUUGACACUGGCCCUUAUUUUUACGAUGCUGCCUACAUUAGAACUUUUGAAGACAAGAUGAAUGACUAGAUUUUUGUGAUCCCAGAUAUCUCCUAUGAAAUCGACACUGUUAAAAACAUUACUUUUAAUAAUGGAUCUAAUAUCACAUUAAGAAUUUCCGGUCUACAACUUGGCUAAGGGUCAUGGGCAAGUGAUUAUCUAGAUGCGACAAGAUUCGGGUGGCCUGAACUGCAAAGGUUUCCAGAUGAGGAAUUAUGA